ACAUAACCAAGAGGCGGCGGGCAUCGUGCGAUGCAAAUGCACAGCAUCAUGCAACAUCCAGCAAUGCCACAACAAUGGGACAGCAACAACAAUGCAACCGGCAAUUAACAAUACUUCUGCUGAGCCUGUUAAGUGCUGCACAGGCGCAGUAUCAUCAAUUUGGGGCACAAUUGCAGUCGCCUCAUGGCUCGGACUGUGCCCUGCUGCUGGCCGGACCGGGUCGGUCCUCUGUCUAUGACUACAAUGUAAAUUUGUUUCGCGGCACGCUAAAUCCUUACAACAGUGGUGCGGGCACUUGCAUCACCUACGAUGCCAUCAAUGCGGCGUACGCAGAUGCACGUAAGCGCAUACGUGUGGCCGAGCCCAAGUCCGAUUGGAAGCCAGAGGAGCUGGCCACCGUGGGCGAGCUACUGCUCGAUAUAUCCAUACAGCUGGCUCGCACCUAUGGACUGUCCUAUGAGGAAAUCGAGAAGGGCCUGCCCACCAUAGACACCUCGAAGACACUGAUUCGAGAGGUCUGCCCGCCGUUCUUUGCGGGCGUCGAGUGCCGACCGGGCAAAUAUCGUCGCUUCGAUGGCCUGUGCAAUAAUAUUGAGCAUCCCACCUGGGGCGCUGCCAAUUCGCCAUUUCAGCGCCUAAUCGGUCCACUCUAUGCGGAUGGCAUCAACGCGCCGCGCAUUUCGGUAACCGGUCGCGACUUGCCCUACUCACGUGUGGUCUCGCGCACAAUGCACCCAGACGAUGGGUAUCAUGAUCACGCAGGCACUGUUAUGGUCAUUGCCUGGGGCCAGUUCAUGGAUCACGACUUUACGCUGACUGGCACGCCUCUGGAUCCCAUCAAUCGCAACGAUCCGGAGGAGUGCUGCAAGCGACCGCUGCACAAGAAGCAUCCAUAUUGCAAUGAGAUACGCAUUCCAGAUGACGAUUACUUCUAUCGUCUCUUUAAUGUCAAGUGUAUUGAUUUCGUGCGAGGCUUUCCAUCGCCGAGACCCGGCUGUCGCUUGGGUUCCCGUCAGCAGUUCAAUACCUUGACUGGCGUGAUUGAUGCCAACACUGUGUAUGGCGUUAAGGAAUCGUUUGCACGCAAGCUACGCACUGGCUACGGGGGACUGAUGCGCAUGAAUCCCGUGUUCCAGGAGUAUGGCUUGAAGGACUUGCUGCCACUCAAACUGGAUAUACCUGAUGAGGGCUGCACGCGGCCCAACAAGAGCAUGUACUGCUUUGAGGGCGGCGAGAUCCGCGUUAAUGAGCAGCUAGUGUUGACCUGCAUGCACACCCUAAUGGCCAGGGAGCACAAUCGUCUGGCCACGGGCCUGGCUCAUAUUAACCACCACUGGGAUGACGAGACGCUGUUCCAGGAGGCACGUCGCAUCAACAUUGCCAUCGUCCAGCAUGUCACAUUUAAUGAGUUCUUGCCCAUUCUGCUGGGCAAAGAAGUGAUGGAGAAGUUUGGCCUGGUGCUGCAGAAGGACGGCUACUGGGAUGGCUAUGAUCCGAACGUCAAUCCGGGCAUCAUUGACUCGUUCGCUGGCGCUGCCUUCCGGUUCGGUCACUCAUUGUUGCCCACCGCAGUGGAGCGCUGGUCCAAGGCCCACAAAUUCAUAGCCUCGAAGCGUUUGUCAGACUUGAUUCGACGUCCGUACGAUUUGUAUAGAGCUGGCGUGCUAGAUGAAUACUUUAUGGGCCUGAUGAAUCAAGUGGCCCAAGCCAUGGAUGACUCUAUCACCCAAGAGGUUACCAAUCACCUUUUCAAAAAGGAGGGCGCACGCUUUGGCAUGGACUUGGUGUCAUUCAACAUGCAGCGUGGACGCGAGUUUGGCAUACCCGGCUACAUGGAGUUCCGCAAAUUCUGUGGCCUGCCCACCUCGAAUACCUGGGAUGAGAUGUAUGGCUCCAUGCCAAAUGAGACUGUACUCCGUUAUGGCAGUAUAUUCGAACAUCCUGCUGACAUUGAUUUAUGGUCUGGUGGCGUGUCGGAGAAGUCGCUGCCUGGCUCCAUGCUGGGACCCACCUUUGCUUGUGUAAUCGCCACACAGAUGAGCUACUUGCGUCGGGGCGAUCGUUUCUGGUAUGAGCUGCCCAACCAGCCGUCCUCCUUUACGCCCGAACAGCUGCAGGAAAUACGCAAGGCCAAACUCUCACGUUUGAUUUGCGACAAUACCGACUUAAUUGAUACCGUGCAAAUCUAUCCUAUGGUUCUGCCAGAUCAUGAAAUCAAUCCACGCGUGCCCUGCAAGAGCGGCAUUAUACCCUCAAUUGACCUGAGCAAGUGGGCUGACUUUGGCAGCCACGGCCUGGACCCAUCUAUCUACAACUACAUCAACGAAAUACCCGAAACGCUGCUCAACUUUAGAAAGUAAACAUCAUUUAAUACAAUUUCUAUACACCAUUUCGGAAGCACCUCUAUACCUUUACCUUUGGCAAGAAGAAGCCCACAUGUCUUCAGCAUUUAGUUUCUGACUCUAC